UGAAUAUUUAACACGCACGAAUUUUUUUCAAAUUUGUYUUUGUCAAAAAAAGAUACAUCUCUGUUUCAAUAAAUAAUUGCGAUGUCUGAUUAAUAAUAAAAAUAAAAGGAAACGUUUUUUGAGCAACAAAACCAACAAAACCCAGUUUGACCUAGAAACAGCUCUAUAAAUAGCAAAAUAGGUUUCGACUUGUCAUGUCCCUUUAAUAAAAAUGAAUUUAUCGAUUAACUAUUUAGAUAUUAUUACCCACAAACAUCAAUAGUAAACGCUGGACUCGUYAUUCUAGUCCAGUUUAUUUCCAGAAUGGUCCUCUCAAUCGAAAGAUUCGUCGGAAAAGUAGCUGUAGUAACCGGUGCUAGUGCUGGAAUCGGAGCUGCUAUAGCACGCCAACUAGUCGAAAAUGGCCUAAUUGUCAUUGGAAUUGCCCGCCGAACUGAGCUUAUCGAGCAACAAGCUCAAGAGCUUUGCCACCAGAAAGGCAAACUUUACGCUUUCAAGGCCGAUUUGAGUAAAGAAGAGGAGAUUUUGGACGCUUUCAAGUGGAUUGAAGACAACGUGGGGCCAGUCCACAUUUUGGUUAAUAACGCGGGGGCGUCCAAAGACACCACUCUUUAUGACGGGGACACAAACGCCUGGAAAACUGUUCUGGAUUUGAACAUCCUAACUCUGUGUAUUGCCACAAGAGAGGCGAUUAAAAGUAUGAGAAACAACGACAUUAAUGGACAUAUUAUCCACAUAAAUAGCAUUUUUGGACACAGAGUUCCAACUUUAGUCGGUUUGAAUAUUUAUUCAGCUUCGAAGUUUGCAGUGACGGCUUUGACUGAGACUUUGAGACAGGAAUUGAAUUCCAUUGGGUCCAAAAUCAAAAUUACGAGUGUUAGUCCUGGAUUGGUCCAAAGCGAGCUUACUACUCAAAAUCCGGAUCCGGAUAAAAGGGCCUAUUAUGAGACAGCCCCCAUUUUGCGACCUGAAGACAUAGCAGAUGGGGUUAUUUACGCACUUUCGACACCUGAAGAUGUCCAAGUGUUCGAGCUGACUAUUAAGCCUGUGGGAGAACUAAACUAAAGUYUUGUUUUUCGUAGUUUCAAUAUAGKGUGUGACAAAAACCAAA